AACUUGUAAUUCUUGUAAUGUUUUCUGGGCUUUCGUCGUUUGCUCUAUUUAAUACUACAGCAGUCUGAGUUUUGCUUUAUGGUUCAAAUCGAACGUAUCGCCGUAUAUUUCUUCAAUGGUGACAUAUUUCAGUCGUCAGAGGACUAAAGCUGUAGAACUAUUUUGUGCUCUGUAUAUUUAAAGUAAAAUAAAGUUAACUCAUAAUAAAAAAUCAUUGUUGCUUAUAGCAAUAGCCAUAUUUAAACGCUAGAUGUGGUAUGGUAACAUAGGUGAACAAUUGCGAUUCUUUACAAACUUUAUUUAGUCGUCUUCUUAGAAAACGCUAAAUUCGCUGUUGAUUAUGGCAUUAUAAUUAAUUUGAUAAGCACUUCGUACCGAAUUACUAGUUGAAUUUGUGUACCAGACGUUUUUUUUUAUAUAAAAAAUAAGAUAUUUACUGGACGUACAAUAUUAAAUGCGUUUGUAUUUGGUUCAAUGUAUGCGCAGAUCGCAUAGAAACCACAACUCAUUCUAAUCAUUCAUUGUCAAAUACCACGACGCACCAGCCAACUAAUAUAACCACACUGGCGUCAACAAAUGGUCCCACGCUUGUGUCAACAAAUUGUACCAGCCUUGUGUCAACGAAUAGUUCUGCGGUUGUAUCCACGAAUGGACCUGCGGUUGUGUCAACGGACGGUCUCACGCUUAUGUCAACAAAUGGUCCCACGCGUGUGUCAACAAAUGGUCCCACGCUUGUGUCAACGAAUGGUCUUGCGCUAGUGUCAACGAAUGGUCUCACGCUAAUGUCAACGACAUUUACCACGACGGACGUUCCAACUCAGUCUACCACGCUUGCGCCUACGAAUGGCCCCGUGACUUCGACCACCCAGUCUCAUAUCAGCGUCAACAAAACUAUGGGCAAUAACAAGUUCUGUUUGGCUUGUGAUGAUACCGUGUCCCCGCACACAUGUGACAAGAUCACCAUUUGCGGAAGUCAUGAGAGUUGCUAUGUGGACUCCUACGUGACGUCUGUGGGUUCCUUACGUUUCAAUCUGGGUUGCCGUGAUGUACAGCCAUGCGGCGUCACUGCCUCUGGCAUUGGAAAACGAUCCAAAUGGGAACUUGAACUUCCAUUGAACAUCAUGGCAAGCGACGAAGGCACCGUUAUAUGCACACAUUGAUGCAACGGAACACUUUGCAACGCCGGGGGAUGUGGUUCCGAAGCAUUUGCCCCAAUCAAUGUCCGCGGUCCAGUGUGCUUCAAUUGUGAACAACAGGACAACAUUGACGAUUGUUAUAAGAUCCGCAUUUGCGGGCGUGAUGAGAUGUUUGAAAUAGAAGAUCUGUCAUCAGCAGCUGGCCACCAGGCGUACUGGAGAACACGGUGUGUUCCUAAACGAGUAAAUAAACAUGUGUUUCCGUAUGGAUACAAUUUAGAUUUCCUCAAUGACACGUUAAAUAAAACAAAUGUAUAAAUAUAUUUUUAUAACGAUAUUUUUAUCUUGGAACGAAAAUGUAUACGCUAUGAAAAAAAAAAGUUCUUACUCGAUAAAUUUGAUACUUUUAUAAAGAAUUGCACAUGUGGGUUGUUGAAAUGUUUAUAUCUUUCGUCUGUUUCAAAGACUUGCAAUUCAACGCAAGCCACACAAUCUCAUUUAAUGGCGUAUGUUAAGCACAUUUUUGUUUUGUUUUAAAUAUACACAUGUGGUUAGAAUGCAUGAACAAAGAAUACAACUUUUUAUUUAUUGUUAAUGCUUCGAUUUUUGUAUACACAACAUCACACAUUUAUUACAAGCGAAAAACUUUAUUCAGUAUACAAUGUGAUUUAAAAUGUUUGUAACCCUUUUUGUACAUUGCCUUUUGAUUUGUGUUUUUAUGGAGUAUAAGUUAGUGUAACAAAUACCCAGUAGGUGGAGGAUGUUUUGUUGUGAUAUAUCAUCAUCAAAGAAUGUAUUCUCGUUUAGGGAAACAUUUCAAGGUAUAAGCACAUUAAAAGCACAUAAAUAUGAAUACGCGUUUAUUAUUAAGAGAUUAAUACAUUUCGGAGCAGGGAAAAGGCUAAAUAUUAACCCAGCCACUACAAUACUUGAAAUAUCGGGGCUGUUAUAGAGUCACAAAUUGACCGGUUUAAUAUAUACUUUUUUAAAUGCCAUUUUUAUUUAUUUAAAUGAUUUAAAUGAUUUGAAAUCAAUUAAUGGUCUCUUACGAUACAAUAAGAAAAUACGUAUAGAGACGCCGGUGUUAGAGCAAGUCUUUGUUGAUUAAACGUCCCGAUAUUGUUCAAAAAGUUAAAUUGAAAGGUAGGACAAAUUUGAGGUAUUUUCUAGUGCAUUUUAAAUUCAGAAUGUGUGAUUAUUUACUAUACAAGCACAUCUAAUGCUUAAGCAUUGACACUUUUUUGUGCUUUUGAUGGCUACAUCGGCUUAUCAUCCGAGUUUUUAGUGAUACAUGUGAACAACCGUUCUUCCGUUAGUAUUCGAAGUUUAUGGCGUUUCAUAGUAAUUCAUGCAAUGUAAAACUCGUUCAACAUGUGUAAUAUACGCUUAAGACUAUCACAGCAGCAUACAUCGGCCCCAAUUUCAAGAUAAUUUGAUUUCCUCAUUUAACAUGUCGGUCAUCAUUUCCGUUGUAUGACGUCAGCAGCGCGCGUGUUGAAGUUCGCCUAGGCUAUGAUCACGCCGAUCUAUAGCGAAAUACGUUUGGAUAAGUUGUGGAGAAAUCAUGGGUAUUUUCACUUACACAAAUAUUCUUUGUUAACACUUAACACAAGAACGUAAUCAUGCAUUUGCUGAUAUUGAUCGUAGCACUGAUCUAUUUCAGGCAAUCCAUGUACGAGGGCAUGCUGCAAAGAAGACCUCUGUAACCAAUCGUUUCCCAGUAAAUAAAUAGUUUGAAUCAAUCAACUAGUAGACGAACUCUGUAAUAACGGCUUUCCUAUGCAUUAAAGUAUAAGUUUCCAGACGGCAAUCAACCAGUAGACGAAAUAUGUAAACCAUUAUGUGUAAGUUUCGCAGCAUGCUCUAUUACACGAAGUCCGAUGUAACCAUGCCUAUGUAAGUAUUUCACUAGUACACGAAAUCCGCUAUCAACCAUGUUCAUGUAAGGAUUUCACUAGUACACAAAAUAUGCCAACAAUACUGACCGUUAAGUAUAAGUGUCGCAGCCGUUCAAUGGAAGACGAACUCUGUAAAGAAUCCUGACAAUGUUAGUAUUAGUUUUCCGACUUUUUACCAACACACGACAUCUGGAAUCAUUUGUGCCUCUGUAGGCAUUACUUACUCAAACUUUUACUAGCAAAGGACCUCUGUAAAACACUUAUACAGCUGUAAAUAUGAAUUUUGGUAAGAUUUAAUUAUAGACGACAGCAAAUAACUAAAAGACAUAAAAUUAUGCGUAUCGCGGCAAUCAACUUACAUACUGUCUCUAUGACAUCUAAUUAAUCGUGGUCAUGCCAGUUUUAGUUUCGCAACAAAUAACUAGAAGACAAUCUCCGUCUUUUCAUGAAAGUAUACGGCGGCAAUCAACUAAAAUAUUGUCUCUGUAAUCUAUUCUGCCCAUUAAAGUAUUAUUAUCCCUGCAAUCAAGUUAAAGUUAUUCGCUUAUGUAAAUUAUUGCUGCUUGUUUCUAAUCAAACAUACACGUUACAUUUUUCAGUUUCAAUCUUAAUAGAUUGUGCGUGUAUCUACUAUUUAGUUAUAAUGUUUACAUCUCCAAGAAGGUAUAAUUUUGUUUAGUAAUGUUCCACAUAUGGGUUAUAUUGGGACAUCGCCGUGAAAGCUUGAGAAACACCGUUAUUCGGUCAUUGUAAACUGCCCAAAUAUAGUUGGACCAUUUGAAAAGUACUAAUUAAGAAGCAGCGCAGGUGUAAUGGUCAGUCAUUCGAUAUGUGUACUCAAUUCUGUUGCUGCAUUAUUUACUGUUACCGAUGGUUAUCAAGGACCAUGACCCAUGAAUAUUUAUUCUGUUGUUGUUGAAUUUUUCGGAAUUAUUUUCGAGGAGACCUUUUGACUAUUAAGGUGUAUAUUCUAAGCCUGA